UUUCUCCUUCCUGUGCUGUUGCUCAGUGCACCAGGUUUGAUAUGGACCAGGCUAUUAUAGAAGGUCUGGACUUUAGAGAGAAAAGCGAGAGAGCUCAAAGUUUAACACUCUUUCCUAUAGCACGGCCAAUUUCACUCCUCACAAAUGCAACUGAUCAGAGAGCAGAAAGGCUGGAGCUGCCUGUUUGGACUAGAGGGCGGAACGCGGAGAUAGCCCGGAACGGUCGCCGCGGAAUCCGUGUUGCCGCGGGGGCGCUAUUGGGAGCGGGACCGGGGGUGUGCGAAGGGAACAGUGUAGCCAUGGCCGGUUCCGCUGCUGUCGCUGCCCCGGGGCCCAGCGCCCCCAGGAGGCUGAAUGUGAACGUGGGGGUCCUGGGGCACAUCGACAGCGGCAAGACGGCGCUGGCCCGGGCGCUCAGCACCACCGGUUCCACCGCCGCCUUCGACCGGGCCCCGCAGAGCCGAGCUCGGGGCAUCACCCUGGACCUGGGCUUCUCCUGCCUCCGCACCCCGCUGCCGCCGCACCUGGGCCCCGGCCCCGGCGAGCUCCAGCUCACCCUGGUGGACUGUCCGGGACACGCCUCCCUCAUCCGGACCAUCAUUGGCGGUGCUCAGAUUAUUGAUUUGAUGAUGCUCGUCAUAGAUGUGACAAAAGGGAUGCAGACUCAGUCAGCAGAGUGCUUGGUGAUUGGACAGAUCGCCUGCCAGAAGAUGGUAGUAGUUCUGAACAAAAUAGACCUCUUUCCAGAGGGGAAGAGACAAGCUGCCAUUGAGAAGAUGACGAAGAAAAUGCAGAAGACUCUGGAAAAUACAAAGUUCCAAGGGUGUCCUAUUGCUGCUGUUGCAGCUAAGCCAGGUGGACCAGAAGCCCCAGAGACUGUGAAUCCACUAGGUGUUUCUGAACUAAUUGAGGUCCUGAAGUCUCAGGCUUACCUGCCAACAAGAGAUCCCAUGGGACCCUUCCUUAUGGCCAUCGACCACUGUUUCUCCAUCAAGGGUCAAGGCACAGUGAUGACAGGGACUGUUCUUUCUGGCUCCGUUAGCCUAGGUGAUAAUGUGGAGAUUCCUGCCCUGAAGGUGACAAAGAAAGUCAAAUCUAUGCAGAUGUUCCAUACUCCUGUAACGUAUGCCAUGCAGGGUGACAGAGUAGGCGUCUGUGUGACCCAGUUUGAUCCCAAGCUGCUAGAACGAGGUCUGAUCUGUACUCCAGAAUCUCUCCAGACCAUACAUGCUGCUGUCAUCUCCUUGAAGAAAAUCCAGUAUUUCCGUGGUGCUCUUCAGACCAAAGCCAAGUUUCAUAUCACAGUUGGUCAUGAAACAGUCAUGGGAAAAGUGAUGUUUUUCAGCCCAACCCCUGCUGACUUCAGCAAAGAACCCCUGGAGAAUGCUUUUGAUUUUGAAAAGGAAUAUCUUUAUCAAGAGGAAUACUUAUCCAAGGGCUCAAAAUCUUCGGAGGAAAACAAGGAAAAUGACCAAACAGGAGAAGGGCAGCUUCCGAGGCAACAAUGGGCUUUACUGGAGUUUGAAAAGCCUGUCACUUGUCCUAAAUUUUGCCUUGUGAUUGGCUCCAAGCUGGAUACUGAUAUUCAUGCAAACACCUGCAGAUUGGCGUUCCAUGGGAUAUUGCUUCAAGGGAUGGAAGACAAGAACUACGUUGAGACUUUUCUUCCAAAACUGAAAAUGUACAAACUGAAGCAUAAGGAAGGACAAGUGGAAAGGGUGCUGGAUGAUUAUAGUGUGAUUGGUCGUUCAUUGUUUAAGAAGGAGACCAACAUUCAGAUUUUUGUGGGGCUAAAAGUCAAACUAUCUACAGGAGAGGAUGGAGUAAUAGAGGGCGGCUUUGGGCAGAGUGGCAAAUUUAAAAUCCGAAUUCCAAAUGGACUCAAGCCAGAUACAAAGGUGUUUCUCACUGUCCCCUCCAAGAAGAAAUCCAAGGCAGGGAAGGGAGAUACAGCCAAAGAAGAUGAAAGCAGCAAGGUUGACUCAGCCCAGCCUGUUACUGUCAGCCUUCUCUUUAAAAGAUACGUCUUUGACACACAGAAGAAAAUGAUUCAAUCUUGAGAAGGCGGAAGAGGCCUUCUAGCUGAGGUCUGAAGUGUCCUUAAAAGGCUUACACACCAAAAUGAAUUCAGGUGGAACUUAUUUCUUAUCUGAAAACCUUGGACUUUGAAAGGCUUUUUAUCUCAGUAACAUCCUAUAAGGGCUCCUUCUACCUGGACUGAAGCUGGAAAGUCCUCCUAUUCUCAUGACUAUGCUUGGCCUCCAGAAUCUGUUUGUUCUGAUUUUGCUGUUUGAAUCUCCCUGCUGUCCCUCUUGGCAAGAGUCACCUGCCAAUUUGUACAGUUGUUUUACAGUUGAUAGAAAUGUUUUCGUGAAAUAUUUUAAGAUUCUUUUAAUUUAAGCAUUCUGCAGCAAGGUGGGAAAUACAAACCCAGUAGCAUUUGGGAAACGUUAUGAAAACCAGUAAAUGAAACUAACCAGUCUAUUUCACGCCCCAGGCUGAGUGAGGGGCAAAAAAUACCCAAUGUAAAUGGUGAAAAUUAAAAUAGAUGUUUUGGAUUCUUUCAGAUCUAAUAAUGUGAGUUGCUGUCUGAGAGACAGGUAUGGAAGUUUAUAUAAGUGAUUUAUAUCUUGACAGUCUGCAGUGUUAGAAAAUCAUCGUAAGCAAAUAAUUUCAGGGUCUGUAUUGUUAUGUUUCCUAGUCUGGCAGUUCAGAACUGCUUUUCUACAAUAUUUCACACAGCUUUUGUGAGUCUUCUGGCUAUUUAUUUGAUUCUUUAGGAAAUUGGGAGGCUAAGCUAUUCUGAAUCUUUGCUAAGAAAAUAUGUGCUGGAACUGCUUUAAUUUUUGUAACCAAAGUGCAUGUUUUGUGAGAAUGAAACAAAAAGUUGCCUGUGGAAAUAGUGACUGGCUUUAUUUCAUUAAAUUAAGAUACCAUGUUGCACUUAUAAGGGCUUUUAAACUGAAGAUCUCUAAGGCGCUUUAGAAACUAUUAGCUGUUUAGAAGGCUCUCAUAGGUGGUACUUCUGAUUUUUUGCCCCAACCUCAUAAAAGCUGGGGAUAACAGUUCUCCAGUGUCCCUUAUUUGUGUCCUCUAGAGCAUAAGCCACCCUAACACUGAUAUUAACAAUGGUUGUACACAUUCAGAUGCUGCACUCUUGAGCAGGGAUUGAACUAAGGAUUUACAACACCAAAACAUUCACCCCUGUCAUUUGAUCAAAAGGAGUAACGCUGUUCAGCAUCAGUAAGUGGUGUGGUUGCUGGGACCAGCUAUGAGAAUGAGAUGGGGCCAAAUGCACCACGCCAGUAUAUUUCUUUAGAUCACAUAGAAUGCUAAUCAAAUAACCAUAAUAGAUCAUUUACUCGCUUGCGAAAGCGUUAUUGAUCAGCCAUCCAGUAAUGGGAAUAGGGAUUGUUCGUUAGUUUGUGCCCUUUCUGCUGGCUUGGGUGGCUUUUUUUCAGCAGAGCAAAAUAUUGUAGGAUUUAUUUAUUUGGUGACAAGGAUGAACUGGAAGGAGCAAAAAACUUAAUAUCCAGAGAACAUUUCCUACUAAACAUUCUUGAGGCAGGGCAAAUUUGGUGCCUAAACUAGCUUGACACAUUGUCCCUUUAAAUCAGAUCAGAGGAAGUGCUUUGUGGAAUAAUCCCAAACAGUUUCUGCUGAGUGAGUGAGUCCCAGUCAAAGCUUUAGCACAUCCUUUAAGAUGAUGGGGUAUGCUUUCAGUGUGAUCCAUGAGGAAUUAGGCAGGCAACUCCAGUUACCGCUUAAUAUGACUUGUGCUGCCUGCCCCGCUGGAAAAUGUGUCCUCCUAUAAGGAAAAUGUGUCCUCUCUCCCAUCCUCCUCUCUCAUAUCCCCCCACGACAAUCUUUCAUAGAAUAUUUAUUGCAUUCUCUUUCUGUUAAGUCGUUAUCAAAUCCCAUAUUGCAUCCUUUACUCAAUACUGCACUCCUGUUUAGCACUUAGAUACAAUGGGUGUUAUAGAAAACUGUUAAAUAGAUGACACAAAGGGAAUGCCUGUGUAUUAUAUCAGUUUAAUUUAAGAAUUAUUGGUUUAAUUUUGGGAAAACUCAAAAGUGAAGUUUUGAUCGCUUGCAAUUACUAAAGAAUUUGUAGUAUGCUUAAGAAGAAUGUUUUUGUUUGGGUUUUUUUGUUUUGUUUACAAAUGUAGAGAUUUUGGCUCUGGUGUCCUCAACAAAUACCAAACUGGGUUAUUAACUGCUAGUCCUAAAAUACCUGUGUGAGUUUCAGUAGGACAUGAUAGUCUUUGUGUUUUAUCCUAAACUGCUAUGUACUAAUGUUGUUGGCUGCUGCAUUCCACACCAGAGAUGGUAGCAUUUUGGUGAUGGGUAAGUGAUUCUUGACUGUACAGUUUUGUAAAGGACUUUUUGAUACUUCUGGAUGGAAGGCAGCCAAUCAGUGCAAGGUAUGUAUUGUUACAUAGCAUUUUCUAUUGAACUUUCUGAAUUCCUUCUCUGUUUCCCCCCAGUUCUCUUUGCAUUCGUCAAGGCAGUCUGAAUGGACCGAUCAGUUGUUCUGGAACUUGAUCUAUCUGAAAACAUACAGAUUAGGAAUACUUACUGGGGCAAUAUAACUCUCUCUUUGGUUGAACAGCAUUCUAGUGCUUCAUAAUUCUGUAUGAUAAACCCCUUUUGAAGAGUGUGUUGUCCUUUCACUCUGCUCGUCUAGCAGAGCACAGUAUUUUAUAGGACCAAGAGUUGGUGGUAUAUGCUGAGAACCGGGUUUUUUCCCUGUUGUAACUUUAAGAGGAAAACUUAAAUGUGCCUUGGAACUUCAGUUAUAAUGUGCUAUUACUGCAGAUCUCUGGCUGCUGUCCUGAGGCUGUUGGAUACACAUUCAGAAAAGGGUGAAAUGGUGGAACAAAAUGAUUAUGGGAAAAUCAAAGCAUUUAAAGGCAUUUGUAGGAUGAACAGAUGUUCAAACGUUCUUUUAUUUGGUCUCCAGACAUACGCCUAGACUUUGCUUUCAUCCUGGUAAUCAGUGCAUUAUGCUGUAAUUUGUAAAAAUGGCAUUAAAAUUUUUUUAACAGGG